AUGGCGGGAGGCACCCAGGCGGGAUGGCAGGACGGGACCCGCUGCGCCCAGCUGGGGAGGGGGGACCUGGGGGCAGCUUUCCCUGCCCUCCUUCCCGCGCGCCGCCGCUUCGGCUCAUGGCGGCUGGGCGACGCCUGGCAGCCUGGCCGUGGGCCCUGCGUCCUCUCCGAGUACCAGGCCUUCAGGGAGAACGUGCUGAAGAACCUGGACGACAAGGCUUUUGACAAGCCCAUCUGCGAGGCCCUCUUAAACCAGAAGUUUUUCAAUGGAAUUGGGAAUUACCUCCGCGCUGAGAUCCUGUACAGGUUGAAGAUCCCUCCCUUUGAAAAGGCUCGGACCGUGCUGGAGGCCCUGAAGGAUCAGGAGCAGAAUCCUUCUCUGACGCUGAGCAAGAAGCUGAAGCUGAAGCGGGAGAACCCAGAUCUCCUGGAGCUGUGCCACACCGUGCCCAUGGAGGUCAUCGCAGCGGAGAAAAAUCUCUUUGACCCAGAUCACUCGGAUAACUAUGCCGCUUUCAAGAACUGGUUGCAGUGUUACUUGGUGCCUGGCAUGAGCUCCCUGCGCGACCGCAAUGGCAGGACCAUAUGGUUCCAGGGAGAGCCUGGCCCCAUGGCUCCCAAAGGGCAGACGUCCCGCAAGAAGCGCGCUCAGCUGAAGGCAGAUCCCGAGGCUCUGACCCCCAAGGCCACCACGCGCGCCUCAAAACGGCGCCCCAGGGCUGCAGCGAAACCCCCGAAGUCAGCUGAGGAGGAGGAGGUGGCUGACAGGCCAAGAAAGGGACGUGCUCGUGGGACAAGGAAGGUGACCACUGCUCCAGCCUUGUCCGAGCCUGAGGUGCCAGUCAAAGCCAAGAGAAGCCGCCAGACGUCUGCGCGCAGGGGCAGAGGCGCAGCCCCUGCCGUGUGA